AUGGCGGCAUCUUCAGGAAGUGUAGAAACCUCUGCAAAUUCAAAUUCACAAACCCAACAAUCAACAUCACCCUUUUCUUUCUCCACCGAUGACUAUCCCGUCGCCGCCGUGAGAAGAGGUCUUGGUGAUCGGAUAGCUGAGACGACUGGUUCUGGGGUUCCGAAGUUCAAGUCUUUUCCACCACCUUCACUUCCAAUAUCACCUUCUUCGUACUUCGCUAUUCCACCUGGUUUAAGCCCUGCUGAGCUUUUGGACUCUCCUGUUCUCUUAUCUGCAUCAAACAUUUUACCAUCUCCAACAACAGGGACUUUUCCAUUUCAAUCUUUUAAUUGGAAAAGUAAUUCUACCACCACCCAGCAGCAGCAAGAUGUCAAAAACUACUCGGAAUUUUCUUUUCGAACCCAAACAAACCCAGAUCCUACCGGACAUCAAGCAUGGGGUUAUCAAGAACAACCUGCUAACCAAGACGGAACUGCUGAGAUAAAUUCUAUACAGAUGUUUUCCCCUGGGAUAUCUAAUGGAUUCCAAUCGGAUAAUAAUCAAUCUUCACAGACUAUAAGGGAAAAUAACAGGUCAGAUGAUGGGUAUAAUUGGAGGAAAUAUGGACAGAAACAAGUAAAAGGAAGCGAAAAUCCUCGAAGUUAUUACAAAUGCACAUAUCCCAGUUGUCCCACGAAGAAAAAGGUUGAGAAAUCUAUAGAUGGACAGAUUACUGAAAUUGUGCAUAAGGGUACUCAUAAUCAUCCAAAGCCUCAGUCCACUAGGAGAUCAUCUUCGUCCUCAACAGUAACAUCGGCUUCAUCAGUAGCAAUUCAAUCUUACAAAACUCAAAUCAAUGAAAUCCCAGAACAGUCAUAUGGUUCAAAUGGCACAGGACAAAUGGAUUCGGUUGCAACACCGGGGAAUUCUUCAAUUUCUGUAGGGGAUGAUGAUUUCGAGCUAAGUUCUGAUCCCAAAAAUAGAGAUCAUGAGUUUGAUGAAGAUGAACCUGAGGCCAAAAGAUGGAAAAUGGAAAAUCAAAGUGAAGGGAUUUCAGCAGCAGGGACUGGAAAUACUACGGUUAGAGAACCUAAAGUUGUAGUUCAAACCAUAAGUGAUAUAGAUAUACUAGAUGAUGGGUAUAGAUGGAGAAAAUAUGGCCAAAAAGCGGUGAAGGGGAAUCCAAAUCCAAGGAGCUAUUACAAGUGCACGAGCCAGGGGUGCCCGGUAAGAAAACACGUGGAGCGAGCAUCUCACGACCUGAGGGCAGUAAUAACGACCUACGAGGGGAAGCACAACCACGUCGUGCCAGCUGCUCGAGGUAGUGGCAACAACAGGCCGGUUCCAAAUAACACUAUUUGGCCUUCAUCAAUGCCUCAUCCCUCGAAUUUUCAAAUGUCAAUGCGCAGCAGCAUUAGGCUACCAGCACCCGAAGCUCAAGCUCCUCAUACACUAGAGAUGUUGCAAAAUCCUGGGGGCUAUGAAUUUUCGGGAUAUGGAAAUUCACUAAACUCUAUCUUCUCUGGAGCUAAAGAAGAGUCGAGAGACAACACGUUCUUGGAGUCGUUGCUAUUCUGA